AGUCAGUGACAGUGAGUCAGUGACAGUGAGUCAGUGACUGUUAGACAGUGACAGUGAUAAAAAUGUCUAAGAUGACAUAAGUUGACAUGUCAAUCCCAAACAUUUUUAUCAGUGUCACUGUCACUAUCAUGAUCGUUUGCAACUUGGCGAAGGCCCCUGGUGUCUUAUUGGUUGCGAAAUGAGGCAUUAAGUGAGGAUGAAAUUCUUCCUCGUCACUCUUGCUUUCACCGUGAGCUGUGUGAUGGCUGAAUACGUAGGCCAGGAGAAAUACACUGACAAAUAUGACUCCCUGGACCUGGAUGAGAUGAUGUCCAACAAGAGACUCAUGCAGGCUUACUGCAGAUGCAUCCUGGAUCAAGGCAAGUGCACCGCUGAAGGCCGAGAGCUUAAAUCCCAUAUCUCCGAAGCUCUCCAGAAUGGAUGCGCAAAGUGCACCGACCGCCAGCGUUACGGCAUGCGUCGCGUCAUCAGCUACGUCAUGAAGAACGAAAACGACAUGUGGCAGCAAAUGGUCCAAAAAUAUGACCCCAGGAGGAUUUAUACCACCAAGUACGAGAAGGAACUGAAGAAGCUGUAAAUAUUUGCAUCGAGUUAAUUUAACGAUCCACUGGCACAAAGAAAGGCGUUUGACACGGUGACUCGCGAAGUUUUGUUUGGUGAUCUUCUUUUUUAGAUAAAGAUACUUCUUUAUAAUACAAGAGACGACAUUUUCAGGCUUUAAUUUUAAAUUUCUUCUAUAUGAGUUACUAUAAUUGGUUUAAACAUGAUUUAUAAUCAUCUAUUUUAUUAAUGCUACCACAGGGAUCUAUUCUAGGACCCAUUUUUAAAACUCAUCAAUAUAAUUUUUGUUAUCAUUUCUUCGUGUCAAUUUUCUGAGUUACAGUGGAUAUUAAUACAAAUUGUAUGAAAUGACA